CGAGCGAGCUCUAGUGCCUCAACUUUCGAAACCAAAGGCGAAUUGCCCUAUCGGCUUUAUCUUUUCUUUUCUAUCUUGGACAGCCAGCUUUCAGUGGAAAUAGACCCUUUGUUUCUUCUCUCUCUUUUUUUUUACCCUUGGUGUUCUAUAGUAGUCUAUACCCGUGAACGAAUUAAUGGGCAAUCGUGGCUUUUCGCUUCUUCGUGCGUUGCCUGCCUAUAUAUGCAGCGUGAUGGGGGGCAUGUCCCUCCGGCCUGGGCCGUUACUAGCUUAGCUCAUAUACGUACGUACGCAGGAAGGCUGCAAGAGAGAGGAGCAAUAUAAUGGCUGGUUCUUCGAUGGACACUGAAGCUGCAGGCAAGGAGCUCAAGCAGGGCAGCGGCGGCGGCGGCGGCUACACCAUGCCGGCUACUGCUCAUGCGGUGGACACAGACUCGUGGCAGCAGGUGGGGCUGCUCCUGGUGAUCGGCUUCAACUGCGCCUACGUGCUCAGCUUCUCCAACCUCAUGAUGGUGCCCCUGGGCUGGGCGUGGGGCGUCGCCUGCCUGCUGCUCGUCGGCGCCGCCGCGUGGUACGCCAACUGGCUCCUCGCCGGCCUCCACUUCGUCGACGGCCAGAGGUUCAUCCGCUACAGGGACCUCAUGGGCUUCAUAUUCGGGAGGAACAUGUACUACAUCACCUGGUUCCUGCAGUUCGCAACUCUACUUCUGUGCAACAUGGGCUUCAUUUUGCUAGGAGCAAGAGCGCUCAAGGCAAUCAACACGGAGUUUACCCACACCCCAGCCAGGCUGCAGUGGUUCAUCACGGCCACGGGAAUCGUUUACUUCGCCUUCGCCUACUUCGUGCCGACGAUUUCUGCCAUGAGGAACUGGCUCGCCACGUCGGCGGCGCUGACGUUAGCUUACGACGUCGCUCUGCUGGCUAUCUUGAUCAGAGAUGGGAAAUCGAACAAGCAGAAGGACUAUGACGUCCAUGCCGGAUCCCAAGCCGAGAAGGUGUUCAACGCGUUGGGCGCCGUCGCUGCCAUCCUCGUCUGCAACACGUCCGGGCUGCUCCCGGAGAUACAGUCGACGGUGCGGGAGCCGGCGGUUCGCGGCAUGAGGCGGGCGCUGCUGCUGCAGUACACCGCCGGCGCCGCGGGGUACUACGGCAUCAGCGUGGCGGGGUACUGGGCGUACGGGUCAGCGGUGUCGGAGUACCUCCCCAACGAGCUCGGCGGCCCGAGGUGGGCCGCCGUCCUCAUCAACGCCACCGCCUUCCUGCAGAGCAUUGUGUCCCAACACCUGUUCACGGUGCCGAUCCACGAGGCGAUGGACACGCGGCUGCAGCGGCUGGACGAAGGCAUGUUCUCCCGCUACAACCUCACGCGCCGCGUCUGCGCGCGGGGGCUCGUCUUCGGCUUCAACGUCUUCGUCACCGCGCUGUUCCCGUUCAUGGGGGACUUCGUCAACCUCGUCGGCUCCUUAGCGCUCGUCCCGCUCACCUUCACGUUCCCCAGCAUGGCCGUCCUCAAGAUCAAAGGCAAGAGCGGUGGGAGAUGUAACAGACUUUGGCAUUGGGGCAUCAUAGUUCUGUCCUCGGCUCUCUGCGUUGCUACCACCGCCGCCGCCGUUCGUUUGAUCUUCAACAAUGCUAGGAUCUACCACUUCUUCGCCGACAUGUAGCGAGCGAGUAGUAGUGGGAUUGACAUGUGUAUCGUCACCACGAGGUGAUAGUAUGGCCACUUCGUUCUCAAUUUUUUGCUUGGUUCAAGAGUGGAAGGGUACGGUGGUCACUUAGCUCAUGUUUGAUAAGGGCACUACAUGAUUAAUAAGCAUGCAUCAUGUACGUAGUCAUCCUAUCAAAAUUUAGAAAAAUGAGCUUAUUGUGAUCGAUGGACCACCUCCCUCUAACCAAACAUCUCUGUUUUCCGUGAAAGCUUAAAAGGCAACUCGUGAAUGUGUUCUUUUAGACA